AUGCUCGACCAGCUAGGUAAGUGUAUCAUGAGACACAGAAUGACCAACCAUAAUCCUAUAAGGUCAUCGAAAUAAAACUGCAGUGUCCUUCGUAAUCCAAUACCCUGGUUCUCUCACUGGCUGUCUGUGUACACAGGAAACCAAUGAGAGAAGAGCCACAGAUAGAGAAAGUUGUCAAUGAUCAUUCUGAGCCAACAAAACAAAUCACUGUGGAGUACGACAGCAAGUGACUUACCAUGCAUAACCUAAUUUCUAUAGAUAUGUAUUUUAAAAUAAACAGAAGCUUUAAUGGUACAAAUUAGACUAUUUACUGAAAUUACUGUAACCAGAAUGAAAUGUAUGCAACAUAAAUGAUCUGAUAGUAUCACUAUAAGCUGUGCAAUAAUGACUGAUAGAUAACGAGUGAUAGAGUAGCUGAUGGACUGAAAGUGAGAGGAAAGCUGAAGAGGUAUAAGAUAAGUGACAAAGAGGGCUGGAAAGGGAGGAAAGGACAUAAUUGUAACAACUGUAUUUUAACUUUUUCUAUUUUAAUUGCAGGGACCCAUUCUUAUUCUCUAAGGUGAAGCCUAAAUUACUUCCAAAACAAUACAAAACAACUAAAAAGGCUGAAAUCAAAAAUUAUUGUGCAGAGUGUCAUAAACAGGAUAAUAUUCUACAGCUUGAACCUGUCACAAGUCUAGAGGAUAUUCCUUAUAAGCCUUCUACGGACAGGUAAGUAGACAGUUGGUGCAGGUAUAUUAGAUGGGGUUAUUGGAAGAUGGGGAUCAGAGUUCGAAAGAGAUUAGAAUGAAGGAUGGUUUGUUAAUGGGCAUAAUUUCUGUAAAUAACAGAACUUGCUGUAGAUUUAAUAAUGUUAUCUUUAAAUGAAUGAUCGUAAUCUAAGAGGUAAAAUGCUUAAAACUGAAUUUGAGUUACACUUUAUAGCUAUUUUUCUAAACAGAUGAGAUAAAAAAAAUCCAUGAAUGUCUGCAGCCUAGCUCAUUUGUAGUGAUGGAAUUUGAAAUAAAAUAAGCAGGCAUGAUAUACAGGGGUGUAAAAAAACAAGUAAAAUAUAUUGGCAUUAAAGGGACACUAUAGACACCAGGCCGACUACAGCUUAAUGCAGUGGUUCUGGUGUCUAUAGUCUGUCCCUGAAUGUUUUUUAAUGUAAAAAGAUGUGUUUACAUUGCUCCCUAGGGACACUUACAGUGGCAGUCACUCAGACAGCCACUAUAGUUGCUUCCUGUGGCAGUGCUGCAGAGUGUGCAGCACUGACAUUCAGCGUCUCCACGCUCUGCAUGAAGACACUGAACAUUCCUCUUCAAGAUGCAUCAAUUUAUGAUUGGCCAAGGCAGCGUUGCCUCCGCCCCAAGCAUGCCUUCUUGGCUGGGAUCAUUAAAACUGACUAACUCAGUCAAUCCAAUGCUUUCUAAAGGUAAAGCAUUGGAUUGGCUGAAAUCAUCAAUUCUGUUUGUCAGCCAAGGAGGCAGUUUAGGGAUGGAGCCAGACGUGAGGAGCCCCGUGUGGCGCUGGAAAAAGGUGAGUUUUAACCCUUUUACUUCCUUGACAGGGGGGCUGAGGCACUAAAUAGUGAUAUUAGAACUAUACUGUCAGGAAUACAUAUUUGUGUUUCAGACACAAUAAUGCCCCUUUAUUAAAUGUGUUUUGAGACCCCGAAUAGACAGCACCAUCCUGGGAUGAAAUGCAGGAUGUAAUUAGUCCAGACGUGUCAAAGGUUUUACACAUCAAAUUUAAUUAUUUAAUUAUUACAAUACAACCCAAAAAGCAAUGCAUAAUAUCUAAUGGCUUCUUGUAUCAUCUCCUAAACACACUCUGUUAUACCAGAAAUAUAACAUCAAAUUAUUAAUGUCCUUUUUGUUUUUUGUGUGUUUUUCUUUAGAUAUUAUUAUAACUAUGUCAGAUAUGGAAAAGAGAAGAUUUCCGAUGUACCAUACUAUAUUCGGGUGACUCCAAGAGAAACUAACCAACUAAUGACAUAUGCUCGGCCACCUAGGUAAGUGUAUUCUGAGACACAGAACCAUAAUCCUAUGAUUUUAUCCAAAUAAACCUCCAGUGUCCUCAGUAAGCCAAUACCUUGUCUGUGUACACAGGAAAUCAAUGAGAGAAGAACCACAGAUGGAGAAAGAUGUCAAUGCUCUUUCUGAGCCAACAUCACAAAUCUCAAAUUGGAAUAUUUAAUCCUUACAAUAUGACCCAAAUAAUAACCUAUAAUAUAUAAUGGCUUCUUCUAUCAUUUCCUAAACACACUCAGUUAUAUCAGAAAUAUAACAUCAAAUGUGUGAAAUAUGAAACACCAAUAAUCACUCUUUCUUUCCUACACAGGCUACCUCUUAAAGCAGAGCCCCAGACACUCCCCCAGAUAUCACCUAAUCUGGAAAUCUCUCCUGAUCCUGAGAAAGGGAAGAGAUCGGAGCCACGGGAACAGAAUGAGGGGUUUGUGGAAGAAAGUCUAAAAUGUUGUCAAAAAAGCACAAAAAUACUUUGCCUUCCCCCUUCUGUCACAUUUAAAUUUGCUGUGCUUGAUGAAAGGUAAAUACUGUGUAAUCACAUUAAUCAAAGGGGAGAGAUCUUUAUUUUUUUUCUAUUGUUGAUGUUUGUUUUUACAAAUUGAGAUUUAAGCCUCUCCACUGGGUGCUGGAAGAAUUAGCCUGACCUUUUUUUUUGUGUGUGUGUUUUUCUUUAAAAGCUUUAUACAUUAUAAUAACUAUGUCAGAUAUCGAAAAGAGGAGAAGAUUCCCGAUGUACCAUACUAUAUUCGGGUGACUCCAAGGGAAACCAACAAACUAAUGACAUGCUCAGCCACCUAG